AUGAUCGUCACCGAGUGGCUUCAAGCCCAAGUCGGCUUCUCCAUCACAGGCGGUGUGAUCCCGAUCGCUCUGCAACAGAUCGCGAAACUUCAUCUGCUUGAUGCGAUUAACUUCGAAUUCGUGGUCAACUACACCGACUGCACCGAGGCGAAUGCCGCCGGAAUUGCCGUGUACCUAAUCAACGAGCGGAAGGUGGACGUGAUCCUCGGGCCGCCUUGCGCUGCAGCAAUCAUCCCCGUUGGGAUCCUCAGCACAUACUACGAGACGUUGAUGGUAGCUUGGGGCUUCGCUUCCUCUUCGACACUAACCGAUGCUACUCGAUUUCCCUAUAUUACGACGGUGGUGCCGAACUAUCGACAACUCGGCUACGCGCUCGGCGCCCUCCUUAUCGAGAUGGAAUGGGAAAUCGCAGCCCUGUUCUACGGUAAUCAGGGAGCCGGAAUUUGCGACAACAUGAUGUCGGACGUCACGGUUCGCGAA